UAUCGGACACAAUGAACACUUGACAGUCUCCCAUGAAACCGACUGUACAUAUGUUGGAGAUUUACGAUAAGUGGAUUUAUUGAUGGAUGAAAGUCUGAUAUUGUUUUGUGACAAGGAAACAUUCGAACCAUUUAUCGUCCUUCUAAUAGUUUCACUGAUAUCUUAUCACGUGUAUUUCUUACCAUCACAUCAUUGUAAAAAAAUGGAACGAAUAUUAUGAAUCUGAUUGAGUUUGUAACCAAUGUAGCUGAACGAUUAUGGCGUGUAUAUCCUCACCAACGUUGUUCUUCCUGUUGAUCGGUUUGCUGGGCAAGUUGAAUGAAGCACAUUUGAUUGAUUGUUUUCCAUGUGAAUGUGCUUCUAAAGAAGACAAUGAUCUGUACAGAGUCGACUGUAGAUCGAAUCAUAAUCUAGAAGGUAGACUACCGGACUUCAAGCACAUAAACGAAAGUCAGAUUCUGUCCCUGGACAUGUCGCAUAGCAACCUUGUAAAUCUUACGGACAGAACCGAUACACCUUUUCGAAAUUACAGUAGCUUGAAGGAGUUGUAUUUGAUAAACACUUCGAUAAAUUCGAUGUACAAUGACAGUGCGACACUGCAAAGCAAAUUUAUCGGGUUGCAAAAGCUAGAAUAUCUUAAUAUCGCACAUAAUGAACGAUAUUCAGUUACCAAUGAAACCGACAGUAACAUCUUCGAAAGAUUAAUAUCUCUGAAGAAACUCAUUAUGUAUCAAGCAAAUUUAAUAUCAACGACUCCACGUUCUGGUUAUCCCGGAGAAAUCUUGAACAAACUUCCUGCCUUAGAAGAAAUAUGGAUCGAUGGAUUCUCAAUUGUUUCAUUUGGGGAAGAGUUCAAACAUAUGCCCAACCUGAAAAUUAUUAGGAUAUCAGGCGAUUUAAUUGAACCGAUAUGGGAUUAUCUUGAUUACUGCUUCGUGCAAAACAUUACCGAUGGUCUUUUAGUCAAUUUGCCUUAUGUCACCAAUUUAUCAAUUAUCCACUGUAACGUUUUGCAUAUCUGUGCAAACGCUUUCAAAAAUAUGAUAAGCCUCCGCAUGCUUGAUUUGUCUAUGAAUUAUGCAUUGGGCUUGGACAAUCCGUUCAACAGUUUUAAAAGUUUGAAUUCGGACGUUGAAGUACUCAUUUUAGACAGCCUUAAGGACCACACCGCCAUAGACUGCUCUGUCUUCAUUUCAAGGAAUAUGAUUGAAUCAAUUCAACACAUCUCACUUAAAAUGAUUUCCCUUGAUGAUAACAAGAUAAGUUCAAUCGAUAAAGAUGCGUUUUCGUUAUUUCCUAAAACUUUGGAAUAUAUCAGAAUUAGACGAAACAAAUUUGAAUUCGGUGUGUAUAUGUUUUAUGCAUAUCAACUUUAAAACGUAAGAAGACUUGAAGCAUCGUAUUCGCACAUGGGACUUCCGUUCGCCAUCUUGCAAGAUUUUGAUAAAUCAGAUUAUUCAACUGAUUUUCUGUCUGAAUAUAUAAAUUACACAUCAACUAAUGCGUACAAUAACACUAAACAUCAUAACCGUUUAGCCGUUAUAGGUAAUCAACAUUCUAAGAUUGGACAUUUCAAAGCCAAAGAUUGUCCAAAACCGCUGUUGUAUAUUCCAACAAUUAAAAUAACUGCAUUUCUACCACCGAAAUUGGAAUAUUUAGAUAUCAGUCAUAGUAAAAUUGGCUUACCAAUAUACGACUUUUAUAUCGAUCCAAAUAAUUCCGUUAAAAUAAUCAAUGCUUCUUAUUCAUUGCUAUAUUGCUGGGCAGGACCUAUUCACGGUGGCAUAAAUGUCGAAAUAAUAGAUCUGAGCAACAACUUUUGUUCUGUCUCUAAUGAAAAUGUCUUUAUUAAUUUUCCAAAACUGAAGCGUGUGCAUCUCCAAGGCAAUUAUCUUUAUGAUCUUGUCAAACAUAAGAGCAUUUUUAAUUCAAAUUCGGAACUUGAAUACGUCGAUUUGUCCACAAAUAAAAUAAAUAACAUACAUCCCAACUUUUUUAAGAAUCAAACAAAAAUGCGAUGGAUAUAUUUGUCUAAAAAUAAUUUAAUUGAGUUUGACCACAGACUAGCUCACAUGUCAUUUUUAAACGUUUUAAAUCUAUCAGAAAAUCGCAUAUACACUUUGAGCAACACUUUGCGAUCGGAUCUUGAUGACAUCGUUUCAUCCAGGAAUAACGACACUUUGACAGCUGAUUUGUCUAAAAAUUUUAUUGCUUGUUCAUGUGACAACCUAGAAGUAUUAGAGUGGAUUCUUGAACACACAGCGCCAACCUCCAAUCUCCUAUCGGUGAAAAUAUCAACUUGUUAUUACAUUCACAAUAUUUCGGCCCUUCCAUCACCAAUAGCCAUAUGGACUAAGAACGAUUUAGUAUACCAAAUUACAUUCCUUCAAAAGUUCUGCACCUCAUACUCGUCGUUGUUGAUAACAUUGGUCGUUAUUUUAUUUGUUGUCGUAAAUAUUAUCGUCGCUUCUUUCAUACACCGGUUAAGAUGGAAAAUUCGCUAUUGGUACUAUGUUGGGCAUAGUAAUGAUACAACAUCUAACGACUAUACAGCCCUUGACAAUUCGUUGCGAUUUUCACGAUUCAAGUAUGCCAUCUAUCUAGCCUACGAGGAAGACGCCCGUGAAUUCGUUUUGGAAACAUUGAAACCAAAACUUAUUCAAUUUGAAUAUGUUGUGUUUGUGCAUGACGACAUUUUGGAUGGACUACCGCUUUGCAACGUGCUAACAAAAUCUAUUCACGCGAGUCGAGUUGUUGUGUUUAUUCUCUCAAACGGUUCAAGACAGAGUUUGGAAUGGAAUAUAGCUGCACAUAUUACAAAUGAAGAAUCGAAUUACAGAGGAAAACCGAUAUCUCUGGCGAUGUUUUACAAUUCCGACUCAACUCAAGGACUUCCGGAAAAUCUGCAGCUAUUGCGACAUGAUGCGUUUAUUGAUUACCCAAGAAACGGUAGCGAUGGGGAAAUAACAGCCUUUUGGGAGGAUUUAAAAACUAAAGUGAAUGUCAUCGUCAAAACGACAUAAUGUCAAGCACAUGUUAACUAUAUGGUACAGGUAUAUGAACACUUAUUUCGAGAGCGAAAGAAACUCCUGAAAUUUGAUUUGUGAUUUUUAGUUUUAUAUAUCGCUUCUUGAAAGCGUUUAAAUAUCGGAGGACCAGAUUUAACAAAUGAGCGCCAACACAACAAAAGUGAUUUUAUACACUAUUCACCGUCGCAACAUUGUUUGAAUAUUUUUUCCGUGGUUCUCUUUUCAAAAUUAGAAUAAACAUUAUUUACCGUAUCAAUGUUGUGUCAAUUUUAUGUUUUUUCCGUGGUUCUCUUUUCAAAAAUUAGAAUAAACAUUAUUUACCGUA